AUGGGUAAAGCUCCAUUUGAUACAGAAACCUUAACACGUCUUACUGCCGAAAUUCUGUGUGGACUGCAGCACCUUCAUUCUCUUAAGAUCAUCCACAGAGAUCUAAAACCAUCAAACAUUCUUUUGAACAAUGCCGGCCAUGCAAAAAUUGCUGAUUUCAGCUUGUCGGUAAUGGGCGUCACAAAAGAACAUAGGGUCAAGGCUUAUGCGGGGACAGUAACUUACAUGGCCCCUGAGGUUUUCAAUCGUAGCCCAUACUAUGCCCCAGCUGACUAUUACUCCUUGGGGAUGAUAGUAUAUGAAAUGGCCGUAGGGAAUCAUCCUUUUUAUAUUAAAGGGAUGAAACGAAAGGAUCUGGCAGAAAUGAUGUAUACAAUGAGACCUUAUUUCCCCAAGGAUAUGGACCUCGACACGUAUGAAUUCAUACACAGACUUCUAUGCCGAGAACAGGAAGUACGUGGGUACCUAGUAAGCAAUCUCAGAAUGCACCCUUUCUUCAAGGAGAUUGACUGGGCUGAAUUAGAAAGAUUGUCACGACAGCCCCGCGAAUCGGCACCUAUUCUAGAGGAACCACUGGAGGAAGUCAUUGAAGUGGAUGAAUUCCUGUCACCAGAUACAUUCUCAGAGGACAAGAAACUGCCCAUAACUUCAGUCACCACUGAGAGGGAGGAGGCACUACUCUCUUCAUCCACUGAGGAAAAUGAACCUUCCAUGGUUUCAGCCAUCAGUGACGGCGAGGACACUCCACUGGCUUCAUCCAACGAGGAAAACAAACCUUCCAUGGUUCCAGCCAUCAGUGAGGGCAAGGACGCUCCACUGGCUUCAUCCACCAAGGAAAACAAACCUUUCAUGUUUCUAGCCAUCAGUGAGGGCAAGGACGCUCCACUGGCUUCAUUCACUGGGAAAAACCAAUUUCCGUGGCUCCAGCCAUCAGUGAGGGCGAGGACGCUCCACUGGCUUCAUUCACUGGGGAAAACCAAUCUUCCGUGGCUCCAGCCAUCAGUGAGGGCGAGGACGCUCCACUGGCUUCAUCCGCUGGGGAAAACAAACCUCCCGUGGCUCCAGUCACCUAUGAGGGCAAGGCAUCAGACUAUGAUGACCAGGCACACAAACUUACCAUGA